UUCGUCUGGAGGACUAUUCCACCAAAAUCGCAGAGAGCAGAAGUAGAAAGAGAUGGGGUCCUCUGCUACGGUGGCUCACCUCCUCCACUUCCAUCAACCUCUCAUAUUCUUCUCUCGGUCAAUCUCAUCCGUUCGUUCCGCCACGCAGCCGUUCCUUUUCCCGGUAUCGACGGCCCCGAUUCACCACCGCACGGGCCUCACCGUGCGCCGGAGCGUGCGGUGCAUGGCGCACCCGAGGCGGGUGAAGAUGGUGGCGAAGCAGAUACAAAGAGAGAUCUCUGACAUGCUUCUGACUGACAAGGUCUUGCAGUACGCUGUCUUGCCCGAAGCCGGUUUGGGAGCCGAUCGCUACCUCUCUUCUCUCACUACCAUCAGCGAUGUUGAGGUCUCUAAUGAUUUGCAGGUGGUUAAAGUAUAUGUAUCGGUUUUCGGGGAUGAUCGAGGGAAAGAAGUGGCAAUUGCCGGGUUGAAGUCGAAGGCUAAGUAUGUGAGGGGUGAGCUUGGCAGGCGAAUGAGGUUGAGAUUGACUCCUGAGAUCAGAUUUAUUGAGGAUGAAUCAAUGGAAAGAGGAAGCAGGGUAAUCGCUAUACUGGACAAGAUAAAAGCUGAGAAAGAAAUAGCGGUAGAUGGGAAAGAGGUGCAACCAGAACCAUCUAAUUUACCUGAGGAAGAUCAAGGUUGGGAAGGUGAUGAUCCCGACGAAGACAUCAUCUAUGUUAAGUAAUGGCCAGCUCCACAUUAAGCAGCCAACGCUAAAUCUUGUUUCUGGGAGUGACCCGACACUCCUCUCGGUGAGUCUCAGACAACUUCAAGGUAGUUUUGGAGAGGAGGAUGAAGAGAAUACAGGGGCACUGCUUGUGAAUUAACUCAACAUGAGCUCCAUCUUGUCUGCUGCUUCAUGUUGUGUCUUGUUUCCCUUUGUGUUAGCUUAGCUCUCCAAUGUCUCUACUCUCUGCCUCUGUUCUCUCCUUGGAAUAUAGAAAAUAUGUAAAAUCCAUAACUGAGAAUAUGGAAUUUUUUUUAAUGAUAUGUAUUACGGCCAAGGCCUCAGAAGACGACCAGAAGAAGUGGGCUGAUGCUGAGAAA